AUGUUUGCAUCUUCACGCUCGUUGGUUCUCCUGUUGAGAUGGCUGUCGGUUGCCUUCGGUGCACCAACAGCUUUACAAUAUUCUCUGUUCUCACCUUCCAAUAUACUCUUUUACACCUUUCGUUAUUCGUCUGCUAGCAAUUCAGGAAACAGGUCUGAAACAUCUGCUACUUAUCGAGUUGUUUUUUUCAUAAAUAUUAAUGACGAAGAAGCUCCAAAGCAGAAAAAUGAAACUCCAAAAACAACAGCUCAUGAUUCUCCAAACAAAGGAAACGUGGAUAAAGAUGUGGCCACCAUGAUUCCGAAAGGCAUAGCCAAUUUUUUCCAACAGAUUGCUACAAUACCUGAAGGCAAAUACACAAGAGGUGAAAAAGAAACUCAGACUGAUGCUACUUUAAUCAAUACAAAUGAUUAUGUUAUCCAAAGGUUGACAGAACAAAAUGCUCAAUUAAACUCUGAAAUCAAUUCCCUUAGAAGAAUGGUAAGAGAUUUAGAGUCACAAGUCGCUUUAAGUCAAGAUGAAAAUGCAAAUCUCUCAACUGGCUUGGAAGCUCUUGAUAUCCAACACCAGGAAGCCAUUGAAAGAAUUUUAACAGUGAGGGAUGAAUCUCAAAGACAAUUGGAACAUAUUAGUGAAGAAUUGCGUCUCAGGAAUGAAGAAUUCACAGAGAUUGUAGAGCAAAAUAAUCUGUUGAAAAAAGAGGUUGAAAAUUUGAAUCGGGAACUUUUGGAAUGUGAAGCCUUGGCCCAAGAGAAUGCUCGGUUAAGAGAGAGAAUUUCAGCUGCAGCUGUAACUGAAUUACCUCCAAUCGAGGAAAAUUCAGCCUUAGAAGAACAUGUUAGAACUUUGGAAUCUGAGGUUAUUGCAUUAAGAGAAUCUCGGGAUAAUCUUGAAAGAGAAACAAAUACCCUCCUUUCCCAAGUCAGGCAGAGAGAUGCACAAUUAAGACAGCUAGAUGCCAGAAUUGAGGAAAUCGUCAAUGAGAAGGAGAUUAAGGAAAGGGAAAUGACUCAGAUAGUUUUUGAAUGCAAUUCUCUCCGACAAGAGCUUAAGUCUGCUUUAGAAAAAGUAGACAAUUUUGAAAAUAUGUUGAUUCCAUUACAAGAAGAAAACAAAGCCUUGAAAGCCGAAUUUGAUAUUGCCAAAAGUGAUCUGUUCUCAGCCAGAGAUAGCCUAGAGGCUGCAAAAAGAGAAGCUAAUUUGUCUAAAGAUGAAAGCGAAACAUUGAAAUCUGAAUUAGAAUCAUUAAAAGAAGAACUUGGAGGUGAAGAAGCAAAAGCUGCUCAAGACAAUAAAGAAUUAUUUGAAGUGAGAAAAAAGUAUAAAGCAGCUUCUUAUGAAGUUGAGGCUCUGCAAGUCAAACUUUUGAAUGUUGAAGACGAAUAUAACAAAUCUAAAAUCAAAUAUGAAACAGAUAAAUCACUUUUUGAAUCUGAGCGACAAGUAUUACAAAAAGAGCUUGAUGUUCUCCGCGAUGUUUCCAGAGAAUAUGGUAUUCAAAAGGAUAUUUUUAGGGAGAAAGAAUUGGAACUGAAACGUCAGUUGGAACAAUCGGAGGUUGAACUUUGUAGUGUGAAAUGUUUACUAGAUGAGGAAAAAGAACAAACAGGAAAAGAAAUUGAAGGGUUAAAAGAACUGAUAAAACAAUCCAAAAGAGAAAAUGAAGUUUUAAGGAGUAAAUUAGACAGCUAUAAUGAAAAUGAUUUCAAAUUACAAAGGUGUUUAAAUGAACUUGAAAAUCUUCAAAAAGAAAAUAUUAAAUUAAUGGAAUCUUUUGAAGAAACUAAUCAUAAAAAUAAAGCCUUGCUGAAUGAAACCUCGAAUAGAGAACUUGAACUAUCAAAAUUAAAAGAGAAAUUUGAUGCAUUUGAAAAUAAUGAAAUCCAUUACAAAGAAGUAAUUAGUGAACUACAAAGAUCUUUGAAAAUUACUGAACAGGAAUUAAAAAAAAGGAAUGAUCAAAUCAUUCUUCUUUCUGCUUCAAAUGAAAAAAUUCCCCAAUUUGAUAAAACGACUGAAGUAGAAGAUGAAGACAAGUUAGAUCUUAUACAAGAGAAGGAAAAAUUAACUUCUGAAGUAGUUUCAUUGUCUGAAAGCAAUAAAAUUCUUGUUAAAGAAAUAGAAAAUCUCACAGAUCAAAUUAAUUUAUUGAAAGUAGAAAAAGAUGGCUUGGAAAAGAAAGCAAAUAUUUUAUCCCACCAGAAUGAAGGAUUGGCUGACGGAAUAAGUCAGUCUAUUGAAAAAGAAAAAGAGAGAUACUUAAAUGAAAUUGAAUGUGUAUCAACAGAAAAUGAAGUUUUGCAUAAAAAACUGGAAGAACUGAAACAAAAAUGUGAUACUUAUGAAAAUGAGAAUCUCUCAUUAAACAAGAAAUUAGUGUGUUCCGAACAAGAAAUGGAAAAGUUCCAUGAGAAUUUGAAACAAUUUGGGGGAAGUUUUGAGGGUAUUGAAAAAUUAUCUAGUGAGAUUACACAGCUUUCUCUACAGGUAGAUCAUUUCAAGGAUGAGUUGAAGGAUGCCUAUGAAGAAAAAGUCAGAAUUUCUGGAGAACUUUCAGCUGUAUUACUUGAAAGAGAUCAACUUGUAAAUCAAGUUCAACUUCUAUGCAAAGAACUCGACAAUAUGGUCAAACUUAAAGAAGAAAUUGUAACCUUAAAUCAUAAUCUACAGGUUAAAUCAUCUGAGGUUAUAUCAAUUGAUGGAGAAUUGAAACGAUUACAAGCAGCUUUGAGUAAUCAGCUAGUCAACAAUGAAGUCUUACACAAAGAGAAUACUACUUUAAAAGAAAGAUGUGACAGUAUAUUUGUUGAAAUGCAGAAUAAAAUGUCGUACAUCGAAGAAGUCGAAAAGAUUAAAAAUAAAGAGGUAGAUGGUUUAAACCAAGAAAUUGAGAAUCUAAAAACUCAGCUUGAGUUUGCUUCGCAACUUCUUCAGGAUGUUGAAAGGCAGGAAGGAGAGGGACAGCCCUCAGGAGAAUCAAAUUCGCAGAAAACUAGUCCUGAACUUCAAGAAGAGUUGACAAGGCUUUCUGCUGCAUUACUCAAAGAACAAACUGAUUGCAAGCUCAUAAAAAACCAGUUAGAGGACACUAAAGAAAAACUAGAGAAAGCAGAAAACCAACUAAAGACAUUAAAAAAUCAUCUUGUAAAUGUCGAAGACAGUUAUAUUUCUGAAUUAUCCGCAGCAGAGGAAAAGCUCAAGGAAACACAGGCCAUGCUUCAAGCUGCAGAAGAAAGAGCCAGAACUUCUUCAACUGCGUACACUUCAGCUAGUAUACGGUCUAAUCAGCAAGUGGAGGCUCUGAGGGAACAAGUUAGGCUUCUGACCGAACACAAAGAAAAACUUGAAGCUGAGGUGUCAAAUGCUGAAGAUGCCGUUAUGAAGCAGUCAGCUACAGUCACGAGGCUUCAAGCUGUUCUCCACCAAUUCCAAAGGGACAAACAGCAGGAUAUUGAAUUUGAAACAGAAAGAAUCAGGAGGGAUUUAGAACUUAGCAAGAAAAUUACCGAAGAGCGUAUCCAAGAAAUAAAAAAAUUACAGGAGCAGUUAAAUGAGGCGAAGAUGGGCCUUGUUGCUGGACAAAGAUUAAGCGAGGAACUUGCCAAACAACAGGAGCUGGUAGCUCAAUCAAAAGCACAAGUUGCCGAAUUGACUGAGAAGCUCAAAGCAAAAGAGGAAAAAGUAAAUGACCUAAGCGGUGACAGUAAAGUUGAUAGGCAAUUGGUAAAAAAUCUAAUAGUUGGUUAUGUGACCUCACCAGCAGAUCUUAAGUCUCAAGUCCUUGGAGUCCUAGGACAAGUUUUAUCUUUAAGUAAAGAAGAAAGGCAGAAAGUUGGAUUAGAGCCUGGCGGGCGUCAGCAGUCAUUAUCAGAAGCAUUCAUCAGAUUCUUGCAGGCUGAAUCCCAGCCUCGACCUGAAGUUAUACUGCCACUCUCUCUUCCAUCUGAACCGCCAUCCUCGAGGAAGAGUUCUCUACUAACUCAAGAAGUUCCAGUGCUUCCCCAUUUUCCAGUUGGAAGAAACCCUGGUUCAAUAUUAAAAGAUGUACUGCAGGAGAGAAGACCUGAAUAGUUCGGUGUUAGAAUAUAUUUUUUAUAAGUUUCCAAAAAAUAAUUUUUAAAAUGUAUACUCAUUUGUAAAAUAUAAUAUCAGUUUUAUUAAGGUAGAUCACUGUUUUUUAAACUAUCAUUGUAAUAUUAAAUAAAAAUAAGUUUUCUUAAUGAAAGAAUUCUUUUAAAAAAUACAUGGUUAAGAAAUCUAAAACUUAACUUGGUCAAUGUAUUAUUUAUUUUUUAAAAGUCAAAUAAAAUGUUAAUAUUUAUAUUAAUAAAGAAAAAAAAAUACUUGUAUUUUGUUUUUGAACAGCCUUAUUAACAUUCUUAAAACUUAACACAUUAAAUUUGAAUAACUCUGAAUCAUUUAAAACAUGGUCUUCCAGGCAACCUGAAGUUGAUGCUCUGAAUUGGUAUUGUAUACUUGUUUAAAAUUGACAAUUAUAAGCACUACACGUAAGAAAAAAAAUAGAGAAAAAAAAAUUAGGUUAUCCAUUAUUUUUUGUUUAAUUGUUUUAAUUUUUGUUGUAAUUACAGUGACUUUUGAGAAGAAAAACUUAUUGUUCUUAUAAUAGAUAGCUAGUAAUGGAUAAGUUUGUUUAUAGAAGUAGCAAAGGUUGUUGAUAUGGGAUUUGAGAUUAGUUUAAGAGGAUUUGAAGAAUGAAAAUGAUAAAUUAAAUGUGGGGAAUUUAUUAUGGAUUUUGUUUUCCCAUUUUUUUUUAACAAAUCUUCAUAUAAAUAACACUUUACUUUUGUCUUCCUAUAUUUUACUUCUUAAUUUUUAUUUCAAUAAUAUUAUAUAUCAUACCUAUCACUACCAUUGUACUAUAACUUUAAUAUAAUAAACAUUUGCCAUGUAAUAAUUUUAUCACUUGUCAUGUUUUGUUCCUUCUUAUUGAAUUCCUAUAGUACACUUAUACAAUUUUUAAACUAUUAUAUUGUAUACUUAUAACUAUAUAAAUCAUCAACUUUCUUUCGUUAGUAUCAUUGUAUAAUCUUUUUUUUUCUUUAUCAAUUGAAAUCAAUAUGCUUUUAUCCAAUCUCCCACAUAGUCUUCCUAACAUCUUUUCUAGUUUCUUUUUUGGCUGCCAACCAGAUACUUUUGCUAUGAACAUGGCAUUUGCUUCAAGAUAUAAUUUUCAGUAUGUUUUACUCUGAUUGCUUAUUAUCCAAGAAGGAAAUGGUCCCGGAUUUAGAAAAAAACAAAAUAUCAAAUUUACCUAAUAAUUUAUCCUUUCCUAAUGUUUUUACUCAUUAGAUUAGAUCUUUAUCAGAAGUUAAUCUCCUUGGACAUCUUCUUCUGUUGCUUGUCUAGCUCAUUCAACUAUUCUGUCCAGAUGAAAUCUACAAUUUGGGUUGGAACAUUGCCAUCAAAUUAAUAAUUAGGUACUAUUCGAUAAUUUUCCAGGUCGAUUCCCCAACCAUCUUCUUGAACAAUCAUAUGGUUAACUAUCUACACAUUCAAUUAUUAUCAUUUACUUUUUAUGUCUUCAUGACAUCAUAUCCUUUUCAUGUCUUUCCCAAUAUUAUUCAUUUUUGCUUCUUGUGAUAAGAAAUUAUAGUUGUUACUACAUCUUACUUCUUUCUAUUUUAUUACUUAUUCUUUUGACUUAUAUAACUUAAUCAUAUUUUAAUGGAUUUCCGUAUGGUCUAUUAUUCUCUUAAAUUGAUGUCUUUUGUAUUUAAGUAUAUCUCUGGUACCCAUGUCAUAAAUUUUAAAUUGUUUAUCAUUUUGCCCCAAAUGACCUGCAGCAUGUACUGUUCUCCUCCCUGACUGUCUCAUGUCUAUGAGGACACCAUCCUUACAGCGUGAUCUAUCCUAUUCUCAUUUAUUGAGAUUACUCAAGAAAUCUCAAACUAAUAGUGUAUAAUGCUAUGAUAAAGCCACUUCUAAUAUAUGGCUGUGUGACAUGGACACUAACCAGCACCCUAGAAAAAAAGAUUGAAAGAUUUGAGACGAAAAUCCUCCGCACGAUAACCGGAGUGAUUUGGAAUCAGAGUACUAACACAUGGAGAAGAAAGACCAAUAAAGAACUGCUUACAGAAACUGAUUAAUCAAUAUCCCAUGAUAUGAAGGCACGGAGGUUAAGAUGGACAGGGCAUAUAGCUCAUAGCAAUCCAUCUGGAAGUCUCUACGUAACAAUGAAUGCCUCAAUAGAAGGCAAAAGAUCACGUGAAAGGCCGAAAAGC